CUCACUCAUAUUCUCUCUCUCUCUCUCUCCCUCCCUCACUCAUAUUCUCUCUCUCUCUCUCUCUCCCUCCCUCACUCAUAUUCUCUCUCUCUCUCUCUUUGCACUGCCCUCUGUCUUUCUCUUGAUCACAUUUCUCCGGCGGCAGGGUGAGGAAUGACUGUGGCUGCUGUGUGUUUGCGCCUCCCCAGUGCUGAGAUUUGCAGAUGAAGGUAGUCUAUCUCCCAACCUGCACUGCCUAGAAGGGAGCUCCACUCUGAGACCAGUGAGACGAGAGGAAGAGCUUGGAAACUGUAGCAGGGGAUAGGCUUCUGGGUACUGAGCUUUGCUGACCGGCAGAUAGGAUGGAGGCCCCGCUGGUGUGCCUGGACGAGGAGUUUGAGGACCUGCGGCCGUGCCGCCUGGAGGACCUCGAGUCGAGUCCCCGGCGGCCGUACGGCAGCAGCUCCAACAUCACCACCAUGCCCUUGGCACCGCUCGUCCGCGAGGACUUCUCCGAGCUGGAGAACUUCUCUGAGAUGAUGAGCUUCAAGUCCAUGGAGGACCUGGUGAACGAGUUCGACGAGAAGCUCAACGUGUGCUUCCACAACUACAACACAAAAACAGAGGGGCUGGCUCCAGUGCGCAACAAGGCCCAAGCCGAGGAAGACGAGGAGAGGCUUCAGGACGAAGACUGGGAUGCCAAUGCAGAAGGAAGCAAUGGGAACCUCUCAGAUCAGGAGAUUCAUGAAAAAGAGGAGGAGGAGAUGAAUGAGAAGAACGAGAACGCCAACUGUCUGCCUCUGUCUGACGAACCGCUCAUCACCGCUGAUCAGGUCAUUGAAGAGAUCGUUGAGAUGAUGGAGAACUCUCCAGACCCUGGCGAGACGGAGGAAGAGGAGGAGGAGGAGGAGGAGGAGGAGGAGAGUGUCACCACCACGCCCAAGCCCAGCCCAUCCCUUCUGGAGGAGAUACGCACGCUGUCCAACAACAACAACUGCUCUUAUGAAGGCCUGAGCCUGAUGCCCAGCUCAGCGCUGCUGGAGCUGCUGUGUCGGGUGGAGGCGGCCAUCAGGGAGUACUCCGAGGAGCUGGUGCAUCAGCUGGCCCGCCGCGACGAGCUGGAGUUUGAGAAGGAGGUGAAGAACACCUUCAUCACGGCCCUGAUGGAGGUGCAGAACCGGCAGAAGGAGCAGCGGGACGUCAGCAAGCGGAAACGCCGUGACAAGGGCCUCAGCCUGCAGGGCAACGCCCGCACGGAGAAGACCACCGGCAUGCCUGUCAAGCGUUUCAGUAUGGAGGGACUCUCCAAUAUCCUGCAGACGGGCAUCCGACAGACAUUUGGAAACUCAGGGACAGACAAACAGUAUCUUAACACAGUCAUUCCCUAUGAGAAGAAAACAACCCUUCCAUCUGUGGAGGACCUGCAGAUGCUAACAAAAAUUCUCUAUGCCAUGAAGGAAGACAGUGAAAAGGUUCCUGUCCUGCUUACUGACUACAUAUUAAAAGUGUUGUGCCCCACUUAAAGUCACCUGUGUACCCCUCAGCCAGGAGAUGUGGGGAGGGGCGUACCAAAUCUGCCACACCACCCAUCUCCCAGCCCGACCUGACCCCGCCCCGCCAGCAUGGCUGCAUGGGGCUCUCCCAACUCAUUAAUGCCAAACAGCAUCGUUACCAUCUCCUCAUCGUACUUCGCUCCUCGAGAUGACUCUGCCUCGGCUCAUGGGCCUCCUUUCCGUCUUCUGCACACACACACACACACACACACACACACACACACACACACACACACACACACACACACGCGUGCACACACACAUGUAUGCACACAAACAUGUACACACACACACACACACACACACACACAAAUGCGCGCGUGCUUGAGCAUCCACAGGGCCUGUGUGCCAACGCCUGGUGCUUCUCUUCUGCCUGGCCAAGCAUUAGUACGGCCUGAAGGACAUAUAAGCUAUUACAGGGUGUAAAAUAUUCUGUGAUCAGAUAUUUUCAAUAAUAAUGCUGAUUAAUAUUAACAAAAAAAAUGUAUGUGUGUAUCCUUGUUCAAGGCCCAACCAGGGAAUACAAUGCUCUGCCACUUGGGCAUAACCCAGGAAUGUCUUCAGUACACUCAUUCACAAGCCAUACCGUUCUUCAGAUAAACACAACAGGUUUUCAAAAAAGGAACUAAUGUACAAGUUUGUCUUUUGAUAUAUUUUGUACAUGUUAUAAUUAUAAUUAUUAUUAUUAUUACUGUUAUUAUUAUUAUUAUUGUGCUUUCAUCUCUGCAGUGUCAUCUUAGAGGUGCAUGUGUAUUUGAGUCUUUCACAUUUGCCAGUUGUAUUAAGAAAACAAAUCUUCAGUGACUUUCAUAAAUAAGGAGACAAUUUUAAUUUCUUACACAUUAUUAUGUGCCCAGUGUCUUCUCCUUACCGUCACUUUUCUCUUCUGUCACUAAUGUUUCAUUUUAUUUGGAUGUUACGGAGAGCAAUGUCAUUCCACUAGGUUAACUCUCCCUCUGAUAAGAUGAGCUCAUUCAUUAAUGUGUAUAUUUCUUAUUCGCUAAAACGGCAUGGAGGACAAAACAUGUUUAUUGCUGAAAAUAAACCUUGCAGAAUGAUUGCCACUAA